GUGGUAGGCAAAAGGGAACGAGCCAAUGCGCGCAUGCAAUGCGUUGCGUUUCAUGCGGUUCAUGCGUGAAACGGAACGCACUCAGUAUUACAUGUAUGGUUUGAGAAAAUGCUUGCGCCAACAAUGGAAAUAUAAAUUCUCUAAAAAUCUGUUUGCUGCUAAUAUGGCGCGAGAAUGUUUACGAUCGAGUGCGAUAUAAAGGUGCAUCAUGUUCUAUCACAUCUCGCUGGAGCACGAGAUUCUAUUGCAUCCGCGAUAUUUUGGUCCUCAAUUACUUGAUACAGUAAAGCAGAAACUCUAUACGGAAGUGGAAGGCACUUGUACAGGAAAGUAUGGCUUCGUUGUCGCAGUCACAACAAUAGACAAUAUAGGAGCCGGAAUCAUACAGCCAGGACAAGGCUUCGUAGUUUAUCCAGUCAAGUACAAAGCCAUCGUAUUUAGACCAUUCAAAGGAGAAGUCCUGGAUGCAAUUGUAACCCAAGUGAAUAAGGUUGGAAUGUUCGCUGAAAUAGGUCCACUGUCGUGUUUUAUAUCUCAUCAUUCAAUCCCAGAGGAUAUGCAGUUUUGUCCAAAUGUGAAUCCAGCUUGUUAUAAAUCAAAAGAAGAAGAUGUAGUAAUCCAAGCAGAUGAUGAAAUCAGAUUGAAAAUAGUGGGCACAAGAGUUGAUGCUACAGGAAUUUUUGCCAUUGGAACAUUAAUGGAUGAUUACUUAGGUCUUGUAUGCAAUUAAAAAAAAAAAAUAUAUAUAUAUAUAUAUAUAUAUAUUGAAUAUAUUUUAUAUAUUGAAGGAACAUUUAAUAUUAUCUUUGCUAACAAUCAGAAUGUGAAGCAAGUGAAAUAUCAUUAAAUCAACAAAAUAGGAUGCCUCACAAAUUUUGCUAAAAAAAUGGGAUACCUCACUAAUUUUGCCAAACUUCUUUUCGUAUAUUCUUCAACAUUUUUUUAGUUAUAUUAUAUAAUAAUCUAUGUCUUUUUACACAAAAAUACUAGUGCAAAAUUAUUCAAACAUUGCUACUGUUAAAAACAAAUAUGGGUAAUUCACAAUUAUACAAGAUAUUGUUUAUUUAUACAUGUUUUAAUUCAUAUAUCUCUUAUUUACUAUCAAUCAUCGUGAUGCAAUGAUACAUUUGCAAGGAAUACACCUGCAUAUAUUCUAAGAAUCGUCGAUUUGUGAAAAAGCGUUCUUGAUACAAUUUGUUGUGACAGUUUCAAUAAAAUUAUUCAAUUUUAA